GCGAUCCCGGGCGGAAGGUGUGCAGUGCAUGCCGGAGUUGGCGACUGCUUCAACUUAAUUGGCUGGCUAUAUUAUUUGUGAUUGUAUACACAAUAGAAGACGACGAGAUCGAUCGAGCAACGAACAGCAUAUGGCUCACAGCGGCUUCUCCGGCAGCCUGACGUCGCCGAGGUUCGACCUCGCCGUCGACAUGGGCCAUCCCUUCCUCAACCGCACCGUCGACGGCUUCCUCAAGAUUGGCGCUGUUGGGGCUUGCAAGGUCGCUGCCGAAGAGACCUUCGAGUGCCUUCACAGAGGGGACGUCUCAAAGCACAAAGUUGAGAGUGCACUCAAGAAAAUUUGCAAGGAAGGCGCAUAUUGGGGUACUAUUGCGGGUGUAUAUGUGGGCAUGGAGUAUGGAAUCGAAAGAAUCCGUGGUCACAGGGACUAGUGUGCACGAUCGAUCUGGAUGUUAACUUGCAUUUCCUUGGGAUGUGUGUGUAUGCAAUUGAGCAGAAGAACGCGAUGGUUGGAGGCGCCGUAACAGGAGCACUGGUGUCUGCGGCGAGCAACAGCCACAGGCAGAACGUGGUGAAGAACGCCAUCACUGGGGGAGCCAUCGCAACCGCUGCAGAGUUCCUCAAUUACCUUACCUGAAGUCUGCAUACUACUUGUUGUUGAUCUGUGCCCCCAAGAAGAAUAACACUCUACUCUUACUUGUUGGAAAAAAAUAGUAUUAGCAACCACGCAUAUGCAAAUUUUAAUGCAGUAAUAAUAAGAGAUGGAUCGAUCGUUUUCCAGCUCUUGUAUAUGUGACUGGCCCUGCUUUAUGUGUGUAGUGUUAAUUUCAGCUUUAGCAGUACGUGAUUAGUGAUGGACAAUAAUUGUCGCAGACGUAUCUAUCAAUUGCUCCUGUUGUGUGAUGCUUUAACUGUUGGAAUCAAAGUUGCGUUGCCUUUGUUGUUA